AUGGCUGCUCGAUGGCUACCGAACAACGAAGAGUUUUUCGAUGGACUGGUUAGACUGUUAGAAGUAUCAGAAAGUAAUCUAAACUCAACAUCAUAUGAUAAUUCUGAAUUUUUAUUUCGUCGACUUGAUGCUCACGAGAGAACUUUGUCAACUCUGCUUAGUAGAAUUGAAUAUACUUAUCAAGGAAUCGCCGAAGCAGUGAAUGUUAUUCGUGACUUACAAACCUUAUUGAAUCGAACAUCAAACUUUAGAAGCCAUUUCCAAAGACGAUUUUUCCUUAGUGUUGAAAGAGAAGGGAAUGAAUUGACGCCAUUAACUACUAACCUACAAAGAGAUCAAUAUGGAGGUCGUGGAAGACCAAAACAUCAUGUAUCUCGUGAUCAGCUCCAGGCACUUAAUGUAGAUGCGGGGUUUAGUUGGAGCGAAAUUGCUAGAACUUUGGGAAUUUCGGAAAGGACAUUGCGUAGAAGGCGCCAUGAACUUGGUAUGUCUGUAGAAGGAAGGGUGUUCUCCAAUCUUUCUGACAAUGAAUUAGAUGAUUAUGUUCGUCAAAUACUAACGGUGACACCUGGUGCAGGCCUGAGGAUGGUCCAAGGAGCAUUAAAGCAACGCAGUCUAGAAGUACAGAGGGAUCGUGUUCUCCAGUCAGUGACUGGAGUA